UUACCCUACCCGGCCAUCAUUCUACAGCUCUCCUUCUAAGGCUUGUACCUGACAUUCUAGCCUGUGCAAACAUACAUGUAGAAAGAACCAAUACAAGCAAGGAGCCCAGACGGCUAACGACUACAUGAACCAGUUUUGAAGGACUAGCGAUGCUCUUUUAUAACAUGCCUAUAGAUGUACUCGUAUGUAGGCAACAUAGGCCGUGCUGAAUGCCAGUCACCACAAUACCUGGCCAAACAAAAUCUGUUGAACUGACAUAAUUCAUACAUGUGUAUGUAUAUUAGCUUUCACAUGGUUCAGCCAGAGCCGAGGGAUUUCUGGGGGAUUGUGCUAUAGGCAAAUACAGCUAGGAGAGUACAUGUAGAUAAGGAUUUCUGCUGGAAGGCACAGGGACACGACUCAUUACAGAGGCAAGAGACGUAUACACACCUGACACAGGUUUUUUCUUUAAGAAGGCAAGAUGAAGUGUUUACUGUUAGGACUAAGUCUCUGUCACCUGAUGAGCUCAGCUUACAUGGAAAUGGAUGUGGAGAAUUUCCAGGUGAUGUAUGACAAGAGCUUCAACUUGACCUGUGAGAGCAAGCAUUACAACAUGUCCGCAUUGCCAGAAAUGGACAAACCCAAGUAUUACUACUGGAUCUUGCCAAAUGGAGCUUACCUGGGCACAGACGGCCAGGAAAUCAUAGAGAACAAAAGAGUCUUUAUCAGUGGCAUGGGAAAAAAUUACGGGAAGAUAUUAACCAUUCGCAAAGCAGAUGAUGAUGACUACGGAAUUUAUCACUGCCUGGUGAAAACCUAUGCACAACAGUACAAGCUGGUAGCAAGAAAGAGCAUUAAUGUGGAUGGGCCUUAUUACGGGGAUCUGCUGGAUAAAUACCGUACUAACAUUAUCAUCGGGGUGUGCGCUGGCGGGGGGCUGCUCGUCCUCUGCAUCAUCGGCUGUUUAGUAUAUCAUCUCCGCUACAGGACAGAUGAUGACGAGGAGGAAGACGAAGAAAAACUGAACGGGGAAAUUACAGAAAUCCAUGCUCACGACAACAGGGGUCUUGACAAGUCCGACAUACCCUCUUCUUCUUCGGAUAAUAACUAUAAUGAUGACAUUUCUCAAGAAAAAAAACGACCGGUUUCUCAUGAAUAUAAUGAAAUAGAUACAAAAUUGUAGAGAAAAA